CCUUGUGAAUGGUAAACCCGAAACCCAGGCGGGCGUGGUACCCUCGCCUUGCGCCUCCCAAUGAUCCACCAGCCCACAAAUACCCCAGGAGUCGAGGACCCUUGCUCGGUCCGUGCUGAUGCCUUCUCACUUACACUACAGACAGCGGCCCACCACCAAGUGUUGCGCAACUGAUAUCGGUCGGGCGUCUUAUAGAUGGCUUCUAUCUAUAAAAGGGACUGGUCCCCGGGCGGUCCAGUUCUGUCUGCCAUCUUCGGAACAGCGCUCCCCAGCCGGCAUCACACACAUCAGUUCUCCCCGAGUCUGAUGUACAACUACUAGGUGGAAUCACUACAUCACGCCUGCGCUUUUUUGUCGUUCCAGCAACCAGGCCAGUCAUUCCUUUAUUAGUCUGAAUCCACCGUUUCCACCAUGUCUUCUCUCUCUGUCCCCCAGAGGCCGGCCAUGUGCCCCCGGCAGGCGUCGAGCAGCAGCUUUGCCGAAGCCUUCGACGAUGCGCGGAGGAGGCUCGACGAGCUCGGCGUGCAGUCGCCCGGUGAGGACGGGACUCUGUCACCGGCGCUGUCGUCGUCGAGCUCUGUUACCGACGAGAGCGCUCCCUGCUCUCCGGGCGACACCGAGGAUCUGCUGGGCCCGGUGACCCCCCUUACGCCGGUGACCCCCGGUGCCGACCCGUCUGUGGCAGACAACUUCGCCUUUGCCUUUGACAUUGACGGCGUACUCAUCCGCGGCGGGCGCCCGAUUCCCGAAGCCGUCGAGGCGAUGAGGAUGCUCAACGGGGAGAACGAGUGGGGCAUCAAGGUCCCCUACAUCUUCCUCACCAACGGCGGCGGCAAGUUCGAAACCGAGCGCUGCCGCGACCUCUCCAAGCAGCUGGAGAUCGACGUGUCUCCCGGCCAGUUCAUCUGCGGGCACACGCCGAUGCGGGAGUUCGCCGACCGGUACAACACGGUGCUCGUCGUGGGCGGCGAGGGCGAGAAGUGCCGCGAGGUGGCCGAGUCGUACGGCUUCCGCGACGUCAUCACGCCGGGCGACAUCCUCAAGGCCAACGCGGCCACGGCGCCGUUCCGCAAGCUCACCGAGACCGAGUACGCCAACUCGCGCGACCUGCGGGCGCGGACCGCCGGCGGCAGGCUCAGCGACAUCGUGAUCGAGGCCGUCUUCGUCUUCGCCGACAGCCGCGACUGGGCGUCGGACCUGCAGAUCAUCCUGGACGUGGCGCAGUCGCAGGGCGGCCGGCUCGAGACGCGGUCGGCCACCUUCGACGAGGGCCCGCCCAUCUACUUCAGCCACAACGACGUUCUGUGGUCAGCGGCGCACGAGCACGCGCGGCUGGGCAUGGGCGCGCUGCGGCGCAUCGUCGAAACCGUCUUCGAGGACACGACGGGCGGCAAGAAGCUGCGCACGCACGCCUUCGGCAAGCCGCAGGUGUCGACCUUCGAGUUCGCCACGCGGCUGCUGCAGCAGUGGCGCGCCACGCAGCACGGCCUGGCCGAGAGCGAGCCGCCGGCCACCGUGUACUUUGUCGGCGACACGCCCGAAUCCGACAUCAAGGGCACCAACGCCAUGAACGAGACGGCGCGCAACGAGUGGUACAGCAUCCUCGUCAAGACGGGCGUCUACCAGGCCGGCACUGAGCCCGCGUACAAGCCGCGCAAGCUGGUCGACACCGUGCUGGACGCCGUCAAGCACGGCAUGCGCCGCGAGAUGGCCAAGCUCGGCUCGCGGUCCAAGGGCGGCGGCCGCAUGCUGCCGCUGGACGACGCCGCGCUGAAGGCUGUCCGCGAGGGGAGGACGCCCGACUUCGAGGUCAGGGAGGAUCCGAUGCUGUACGCCUGAUCCAAUAACUUGUUAACCCAGGGGGGUGAAGAGUGGCUUGGG